CGUGGCCGCCCGGCAGCAUGGCGGCGGCGGUGGAGACCCGCAGAGUGUGCGAGACCGCCGGCUGCAGCAGCGAGGCCAAACUGCAGUGCCCCACCUGCCUCAAGCUGGGCAUCCAGGGCUCCUACUUCUGCUCGCAGGAAUGCUUUAAGGGAAGCUGGGCCACUCACAAGUUACUGCACAAGAAAGCAAAAGAUGAAAAAGCUAAACGUGAAGUUUCCUCCUGGAGCCUGGAAGGUGAUGUCAACACAAAUCCCUGGUCUGGUUAUCGUUACACUGGGAAACUCAGGCCACACUACCCACUGACACCCACAAGACCUGUGCCAAGUUAUAUUCAGAGACCGGAUUAUGCUGAUCACCCACUAGGAAUGUCUGAAUCAGAACAAGCUUUAAAAGGAACCUCUCAAAUAAAAAUACUGUCAUCUGAGGAUAUAGAAGGGAUGCGAGUAGUGUGUAGGCUUGCUAGAGAAGUAUUGGAUGUUGCUGCCAUGAUGGUGAAACCAGGAGUAACUACUGAAGAAAUUGAUCAUGCUGUCCAUUUAGCUUGUAUUGCAAGGAAUUGUUAUCCUUCCCCUUUGAAUUAUUAUAAUUUCCCCAAGUCGUGUUGUACGUCAGUGAAUGAAGUGAUCUGUCAUGGAAUUCCUGACAGGAGGCCAUUGCAGGAGGGGGAUAUUGUUAAUGUGGAUAUCACCGUCUAUCGCAACGGCUACCACGGGGAUCUCAACGAGACCUUCUAUGUCGGAGAGGUGGAUGAGGGUGCCAGGAGGCUUGUCCAGACCACCUACGAGUGCCUCAUGCAAGCCAUCGAUGCAGUGAAGCCUGGUGUUCGGUACAGAGAACUGGGGAACAUAAUUCAGAAACACGCUCAAGCAAAUGGAUUUUCAGUGGUUCGGAGCUACUGCGGGCAUGGAAUCCAUAAACUUUUCCAUACGGCUCCUAACGUGCCCCAUUAUGCCAAAAACAAGGCAGUUGGAGUGAUGAAGCCAGGCCAUGUAUUUACAAUUGAACCAAUGAUCUGUGAAGGUGGCUGGCAGGACGAGACCUGGCCCGACGGUUGGACGGCGGUGACGAGGGACGGGAAGCGCUCGGCGCAGUUUGAGCACACGCUGCUGGUCACAGACACGGGCUGCGAGAUCCUGACCCGCCGCCUGGACAGCACUCGCCCCCACUUCAUGACCCAGUGAUAGCCCACACUGAGCAGGUGCAUCAGAACCAGAAAUAUAGAUCUAUUUUUUGCCCCUGUACUAUGCAUUUUUUUAAGAGUACAGACUAGAAAGAUGUCACCAUUUACUUUGUUCUCGGUGAUUGUAGAUAAGAGGAAUAUCUCGAAGAACCUGACCCAAUGUCUGCAAAAGCAGAGAAGAAUUUAAAGAAUUUCCUGCUUUCCUCCUACCUACAACACUCACGCUGUACUUUCCUUUUUUCUUCAAUUAUCUCUUUAGCACCUUUCUUCCAAUUAGACCCACAAUUGCUUCUGUUGCUGCCAUGAUAUUAGCUAGAAAAGCGUGGGUAAGCUUUCCCACUGGGACUUGAUAUUUUGGGAUCCAGGUUUUUUUCACCAUUUCAGUGUGCCCUGUCACUCUUGGUUUGUGAGAGGCACCUGAGAUUUUAAGCAUUUCUUAUUCCAAAGACUUGCUCUUACUUCUGCAGAUACUAUUUUGGGCCUUGUUUGUUUAUCAGUUGAGAAGGGGGCAGAAGGGAGAAAGAUACGCACGUACAAGAAUGGGCUACCUUUAAUUCUGCCCCCAUCUCUCUGCUGGUGGUGAUUGCCACUGUGGGUGGCACACUGUGUUAAUGGCAGGACUUGUUUCUCUUGCUGGAGAUUUGAUAGGAUGGGAAGUUAACAAAGUCUGUCUUAUAUGCAGCUGCCUGGAAUAAGCUGCUUUUUCGCAAAGCAGUACUUGCAGGCAGCCUCCUGCACCAAAAGUUUGGUGAAGCUGAUGUGUCAGACUUGCCUAGGUAAAGGAAUGCAACAAGAACCAAAAAGAUCCCAUGAUUCAUGGGAUCCCUACGUCUGUUAACUGUGGGACAUCUUUAAAAAGUACAUCCACAGUAGCUGUGGGGGAUUGGAUUUGCAAGACUUACAGUGAAGUAUCUCAAAACAAGUCUGAGUGUGUGAAAAUGAAACAUGUUCAACACUGUAUUCAUUUUCUUUUGGUAAUUUUUAAACGGGUCAUUUUCUUCCCCCUUGGUUGAGUGAGUUUGAGGCUUUUGGGAAGUCUUAGGGGGGCAGCUAUGAAAACUGAUCUUUUUUUUCCUCAGACAGUGUAUAGAGUGGGCAACAUUGGUAUAAAUACCCCUUUAUAUUUUGUUAGUGGGUCAUGGUGAGCUGAAAAUGGUUGUGUUAAGGAGUGUGGAUUGAUCAAGCCUCUCUUUUCUCUACCCUUUCUUUUUCCAUGCCCAUUUCCCUUCCAUCAUCUUUAGUGUCUCUGCUGAGGGAAUAAAUUUUUUCUUCUGAAUUGUAAUGAAAAAUUUUUCAGACCCCAUUGUAGACUUCAUCUUACACCACUCUAACACAAGAAACUUAAGCCAACACAAACAUUAAAAAUCAUACAAUCAUGGGCAUAAAAUACACCUCUUAGAAAAUGUCUGGUGAAUUUGUUGCCACAGAUCCAAGAACAUGAAGUGCUGCAUACCCUUGGCUCCCUUUGGCACUGCAGAAUUUAGGUGGGGGAAAGGGGUUAGUGCUUCACAGAACUGGACUCAUCUACUUCCAAAUUUGCCAGAAAACAUCUUCUCUGCCCUGAGUGCCUCAGACCUCUGUUGCUGUAUCACUGCAAUGUUUUCAUUACUUUAUUCUUGUUUUAAUUAUGCAGUAAAGCGACCUGAAACGAUGCACAGAGAGUGCGUGUGCGUGCGUGUGUGUGUAGAGAUUUUUAACAAAUCAGACUGUAGUACCUGAGUGGGAUCACCUGUGCUGAAUGAGCUGUGUUGAGGAGAUGCCUGUCCUGGAGGUUUGCCCACCAUAUCCUUCACUUGAAUGGUUACAAUGGUCUUGCCUUUUCUAUGUGUGCGUGUAUGAUGCAGGGGGUGGGGGGCUUCAUUUUUGGUCAAUAAAAUAAAAGUUGCAGCUGCUUUUAACAGAAAUAAGUUUUUUUUUUGGUCUUGUAAUCCAAACCCAGACAUAGAAUUUUCAAUUACAUCCAGGUUUGCUUGCAGUGGCAGAAGCCCCACUGGUAGAUGCAUGUACCCACCAGAACUCAUCCUUAAACCCACACAUGUGCCACUUGGAUACCUCUUUGUUGUUGCACUGAUACAACCAAAUUUAGCACAUUUUUAAUGCAAGUAGUCUAUGACACUAUGCAUUUCUGCCUAUAAAUUGAAAUCACAGCAUGGUAACUGCCUGUAGUGAGUUCAUACUAGUGUAUUUUUAAAUGAGUGGGAAGCUUAGUUAGCAUCUACACCUGAUCUUGCAACAUAAGAGGGCACAUCAGCCUUGAGAGCAAAAUUUAUUAAAUAAAAAUAUUAAGAAAAACUAUUUUUUCACCUAUCUAGCUAUGUCUUUGCUUGAACACGACAUACUAG